GGCUCCUCACUGACCAAUGAGGAUUGCCAGAGAGCAGGGCAGCUCACCUGACCGUGGAUAUAAACCAAGAAUCUUGGUGAAGUCCUGUCAUCUACAAGAUCACACAGCAACCAUGAGGUCUCUUGUCUUCGUUCUGCUCAUCGGAGCUGCUUUUGCCACGGAGGACGACAAGAUCGUCGGAGGGUAUGAGUGCGAGCCCUACUCCCAGGCCCAUCAGGUGUCUCUGAACUCUGGCUACCACUUCUGUGGAGGCUCCCUGGUCAACGAGAACUGGGUUGUGUCUGCUGCUCACUGCUACAAGUCCCGUGUGGAGGUGCGUAUGGGCGAGCACAACAUCAAGGUCACUGAGGGAAGCGAGCAGUUCAUCAGCUCCUCCCGUGUCAUCCGUCACCCCAACUACAGCUCCUACAACAUCAACAACGACAUCAUGCUGAUCAAGCUGAGCAAGCCCGCCACCCUCAACCAGUAUGUGCAGCCUGUGGCUCUGCCCAGCGCCUGUGCCCCCGCUGGCACCAUGUGCAAAGUCUCUGGCUGGGGCAACACCAUGAGCUCCACUGCUGACAAGAACAAGCUGCAGUGCCUGGAUCUCCCCAUCCUGUCUGAGCGUGACUGUGAGAACUCCUACCCUGGCAUGAUCACUCCAGCCAUGUUCUGCGCUGGUUACCUUGAGGGAGGCAAGGACUCUUGCCAGGGUGACUCCGGUGGCCCCGUCGUGUGCAACGGUGAGCUGCAGGGUGUUGUGUCCUGGGGCUAUGGAUGUGCUGAGAGGGAUCACCCUGGUGUCUACGCCAAGGUCUGCCUCUUCAACGAUUGGCUGGAGACGACCAUGGCCAACUAUUGUGAAGACUCUCAUCGACAGGAUCACACAGCAACCAUGAGGUCUCUGGUCUUCGUUCUGCUCAUCGGAGCUGCUUUUGCCACGGAGGACGACAAGAUCGUCGGAGGGUAUGAGUGCGAGCCCUACUCCCAGCCCCAUCAGGUGUCUCUGAACUCUGGCUACCACUUCUGUGGAGGCUCCCUGGUCAACGAGAACUGGGUUGUGUCUGCUGCUCACUGCUACAAGUCCCGUGUGGAGGUGCGUAUGGGCGAGCACAACAUCAAGGUCACUGAGGGAAGCGAGCAGUUCAUCAGCUCCUCCCGUGUCAUCCGUCACCCCAACUACAGCUCCUACAACAUCAACAACGACAUCAUGCUGAUCAAGCUGAGCAAGCCCGCCACCCUCAACCAGUAUGUGCAGCCUGUGGCUCUGCCCAGCGCCUGUGCCCCCGCUGGCACCAUGUGCAAAGUCUCUGGCUGGGGCAACACCAUGAGCUCCACUGCUGACAAGAACAAGCUGCAGUGCCUGGAUCUCCCCAUCCUGUCUGAGCGUGACUGUGAGAACUCCUACCCUGGCAUGAUCACUCCAGCCAUGUUCUGCGCUGGUUACCUUGAGGGAGGCAAGGACUCUUGCCAGGGUGACUCCGGUGGCCCCGUCGUGUGCAACGGUGAGCUGCAGGGUGUUGUGUCCUGGGGCUAUGGAUGUGCUGAGAGGGAUCACCCUGGUGUCUACGCCAAGGUCUGCCUCUUCAACGAUUGGCUGGAGACGACCAUGGCCAACUAUUAAGUCUGAUCCUACGAUCAACAUUUUACUCUACUGCCUUUCUUCCAUCAUUCUAACUCCAAUGCUGUUGUGGAGCUUUGAACAAUGUAUAGUCAUUUAACAUCUGAAACAAUAAAGUCUUACACCUUGACUUUAAAAUUA